AUGGAGAUCAAGACCGCGAGUAUGUCCUCUAUCACAGACAAAAAUACCUUCGACGACACGUCUAAACCAAGCUCCGCGUGUCGCUACUGCUAUAACAGCGCCCUAGAUCUUGCUGGACAGAUCUCUACAGAUCUCAAGCUAGUCUUCCAGGAAAGCAGCUACGUUGAUUCUCACGUUGAGACCCUCGUUCGACAUGUCAACAGCAUUAUAGAUGCUCGUCCCUCGAAUGAAGUUCGUUUCGCAUUCAUCGGUCAUAUGGGCUGUGGUAAAUCUUCUUUGAUCAACGCAUUGCUAGGCAUCUUCGACAUCGCUCGCAAGGACAGUCGGUCAGGUCACAGCUGCACCUGGAUGAUCCAGGAAUUCAGAAGAUGCUUUCCUGAGCAGAAAGCCCCUUUUCGAGCUGAGAUCGAGUUCUACGAUGAGCUAGAGCUGGAGAAACUAUUCUCACUCAUGGUACAUGAGCUUCAAAAUGAAAUCAUCUCGGCUAGGAGUACCAACAGAGAACAGCAGGAAGAUGACGAUGCUGAGCAGGUCACACAACGUGGAUAUGCGCACAUUCCUACUUUUCGGGCUCUAUUCCACGACAAACCUGAGUUUUCCUCAGAAGACUCAACAAAAGCAUUCGCCUCUCAGACCGGCAGUGAGACAGACAGGAGUAUCGUCAGAAGAAUGACAUCGUGGGCCGCAGAGCUCAUUAGUCAGGCGGAACAGACUUUUGAGUCCACGACGCCGUCAGAUUUACUUCAGCAAUUACGCAAAUAUACGCACGGUCCGGUGGUUCAAGACGAAGACGAGCAUAUCUUCUGGCCCCUGGUAAAGAAAGUCGCAUUUGGUCUUACUGGCUGCGCACUGCUUGACGAUGGUGUUGUUCUGGUAGACAUGCCGGGCUCGCACGACAUCAAUCCCAUACAGGAGCUUGCAUCAAGAAGAGCACUCAGAGAAUGCAAUUACUACGUGACAGCUGCGACCAUUAGCAGAGCCCUGAGCGAUGACACUCUCAAUGAUUACCUCGAUGAAGGCUCCAGAAGGAAGCAAGUUGUGGCCAUUCUGACCAAGAGCGAUGAUGUCGAUGUGAGUCCUUCCCCCAGGCAGGUUGAACUGAUUGCAGAACUCCUCGAUCUCAAAGAACGACGCCUUCGUGCGGAAAGAGAAAAUAGAGCCAAACAAAAGGCGGCUCUCGUUCUGCAAGAAGAGGAAGUAGAGGAACAACUGCGAACAGUCGAGGCCAAAGGAUCCAAGGCGUCUGCAAUCAUGGAUCGGAACGUUACAGUGACGCGAGAUCUGCGCGAGAGUUAUAAAACUCUUACUGGAGACGAGCGCCCUCUAGAUGUGUUCGCGGUGUCGAGCAAAACGUCUGAGCAGCAUCAACGUGGUUACGUUCGAGAUCUCGAACUUACCGAGGAACAAAGCGGUGUCCCUGCGCUUCAGAAUUACCUCAUACAGACCACAGUGGAGAGACGUUUCAACGAUGCCGUCUAUCUCUAUGAAACACUCAAACAGCACAUCGUCUCUUUCCGCGAGAUUUCCGAUGGACAAGUUCAGCAAUUUCUGGACAGCAUGAAGAAGAAAGAGCAACACUGGAUUGAGCGAGCCUCUACUAGUUGCGAUGCGUGGGAGGAAAAAUAUGACACGACACAAUACUGGUCGCUCGCCAAAGAGAACGGUGUCAAGAAGUGCACAAAGAAAUUCCGCGCCACCGAUUGCAACAAAGACCUUGCCUUCAUUGUCAAGCGUAGCAUGACUACGGAAACCGAGGGGUUGAUCAAUUUUGCCGAAGGCCAGAGAACGUACGUGAACACACUUCUCGAAGCUCCACUCACAGAUAUGGAGAAUGCGAUCCGUAGGGACAAGGAAAACUACCCAAUGCUUCCUGAGAGCCUGGUUGAGCAAUUCAAACUCCACAAGAAAGGCAUCGCGGUUCCCCUGAGCAAGUGCUUCGCAAGAAGCUUGAUACCGAAGGCACGAAUCGGGAGGGGAGGACUAUCUCUUGUAGUACAAUAG